AUGUCGGCAGGCAAGACUUUCAAGCUGAACAACGGUGUGUCCAUUCCCGCGGUGGGAUUCGGCACCUUCGCCAACGAGGGAGCCAAGGGCGAGACAUACAAAGCAGUCACUUCUGCAUUGCAAACCGGAUACCGACACCUAGAUUGCGCGUGGUUUUACCAGAACGAGGACGAGGUCGGCGAUGCAGUCAUCGACUUUCUGAAGUCAAACCCGAGCGUAAAGCGCAGCGAUCUCUUCAUCUGCACGAAGGUCUGGAACCACCUGCACGAGCCCGAUGAGGUCAAGUGGUCGAUCGAGAGCUCGCUGGCCAAGCUCAAGACCGACUACAUAGACCUGUUCUUGGUUCAUUGGCCAAUCGCGGCGGAGAAGGAUGACAGCCACAUGCCCAAGUUGAACGAGAAGGGCCAAUACACCAUCAAGGAGGAGCUUACAAACAACCCACAGCCGACAUGGCAGGCCAUGGAAAGCCUGUAUGAGUCCGGCAAGGCCAAGGCGAUCGGUGUGUCGAACUGGACAAUUCCUGGUCUCAAGGACAUGCUCAGCUGGGCCAAGGUCAAGCCAGCGGUUAACCAGAUCGAGAUCCAUCCAUUUUUACCAAACGAUGAGCUUGUAAAAUUCUGCUUCGACAAUGGCAUCCUGCCUGCGGCCUACUCGCCUCUUGGAAGUCAGAACCAAGUUCCAAACACUGGCGAGAAAGUCAACACCAACCCAACACUGAACGCCAUUGCCGAGAAGGGAGGCAACACCCUCGCACAAGUCCUGAUCGCGUGGGGCGUGCGUAGAGGAUAUGUCGUGCUACCUAAGAGCUCUACCCCAUCGCGCAUCGAGAGCAACUUCAAGAGCAUCGAGCUCACGGAUGAAGAUUUCGAAGCGGUGAACGAGGUUGCCAGGGGCCGCCACACACGAUUCGUGAACAUGAAGGAUACUUUCGGAUACGACGUCUGGCCUGAGGAUGCUUAG